UAUAUAGCUCACGUUUUUGCCGAUAUCUUAGUUCCGUCCAUGAAUCAGUAGCGUUUGACAAGUACAUAUGUCACAUCGCAAAAAUUGAAAAUACCUCAAUCAUGUUUCUUAAAAUUGCGAUAAUUGCAUUAGCUGCUUUUAAUACAGCAUCAGCAGGCGACGACGUAUGGACCGGUUUCGUGGCUUCCUGGUCCGCGAACACUUCCAGCCACUUCUAUCAACUCCCGCAGACGUUGGAUUCAGCUCAAAACCAAGGAUGGACCAACAUCUCGGGCGUCGAACAACCGGAUGGUGUUACAGCCCUUGGCUACGAAGGUGACUUUAGAUUCGUGAUCCUCUAUUCAACCGAAAAUGGUUCAGCAAUCGGAGUCGAAGUUGCUAUUCCGGCAGUAGACGUUGAUGGUACAGGUCAACCAAUGGAAUAUGCCAACAUCUCAGCCGUAACGACGAAGGUGGUAGGAGGAGUCGAAUGUUACACGGUAACUGCGUAUUUCUACAUCGAUGAGACUUCCGGUGCUCGUGAACUUUGGUUCCUAGAAAAAGACGGACUGCAUAAAAUACCGACGAACGCUUCUCUUAUCACCUCAGAAAUGGGCUACUAUAAGGGAAAUUGCAUACCAACCAUGGGUAAUCACCUCUACCGCAUAACGACUACUACCGAAUGCUCCAGCUUGUGGCCGUGGUUCAUUCUACACGAAGGAGAAAACGUGAUAGGCUUCGGCUUUGAAGGCAUCGGAACCGCAAGUUCUUCGGACCGCGUUUGGUGGGAGUCCAUCCCACCAACGACUACAUCGGCCUCCCUUCCCUCCGACGAACCUGCUUGUCUUCCUUCCGCAACUCUUAAUUACGGACUCACCUCCCUCCACGUUUGGCUCGUUGACCAGCCUCAGAACCUCACCUGCAGUUCAUGAAAUGUAUCUUGUAAAUGAGGCGAAACCCUUGGAAUCCAUCCAAGAUUUCAAAGUACAAUAAAAAAUGGUUUUUAAUCCACA